GCCUCGCGCCUCGCCCACCUGCCCUGCCGCGGCCCAGCCGUCCCGGGCCCCACACCCACCGGGCGCAUCCGAGGGCCCUCCUGCCCCCGUCCUUCCCGGCCCCGCCCGAGCCGGGCCUCGGCUGCCCGCCGCCAUGGCGUGCGGAGCCACUCUGAAAAGGACUCUGGAUUUCGAUCCUCUGCUGAGCCCCGCGUCUCCGAAGCGGAGGCGAUGCGCGCCUUUGUCGGCCCCGGCGUCGGCUACCGCCUCCCCUACGGCCGCCACCGCCGCCGCCGCCGCCUCGGCCGCCGCCGCCUCGCCGCAGAAGUAUCUCCGGAUGGAGCCUUCCCCGUUCGGCGACGUCUCCUCCCGCCUCACCACAGAACAAAUUCUGUACAACAUAAAACAGGAGUAUAAGCGUAUGCAGAAGAGAAGACAUUUAGAAGCUAGUUUUCAGCAGACAGACCCGGGUUGUAGUUCUGAUUCACAGCCACAUGCAUUUCUCAUCAGUGGACCAGCGUCACCAGGGACUUCAUCUGCAACAUCCUCACCAUUAAAAAAAGAACAGCCCUUAUUUACUCUAAGGCAGGUUGGGAUGAUCUGUGAACGUUUGUUGAAAGAACGGGAAGAGAAGGUUCGAGAAGAAUAUGAAGAAAUACUGAACACAAAACUUGCAGAACAAUAUGAUGCAUUUGUGAAGUUUACGCAUGAUCAGAUAAUGCGGCGAUAUGGAGAACAGCCUGCUAGUUAUGUUUCAUGAAUCACGCUUUUUGCAUUUGUGGGCUGCCCUGUUCCUUGUUGAGUUGUUGCAGGAGGUCCCAACUAUGACGUGCAACAAUGCCAGUGUCCAUCUGUGAAUACAGGUUAUUUCAAGCUUUCGUCAGUGGCAACCACUCUUAGGCAGCAGCAAUUGGUUUUGGAAAUUUCCGUGAUGUCAAUACCACCUGGAUGUGGACCUUUGCUACUUGUAUUAAUACCAGUGGCUUCGUUUUGCUGUAUCAUUACAAUUUGGCUUCUUUAUAUUAAUGUUUGAAAGGGAUUAAAGUUGGCAUCUAGAACAUGCCCUUCACUGGUUAUGUAAAUAAAGCUGUAGAAUGACACGUCAGAUGAAGUUAGUGUGAUUUUAAUUGUGCACUACAACCAAGCUGUAACCAGUUAUUAAUAAUUUAGAAUGUAAUCCCAGGACAAUUAAGCAGUUAGUCUACAGUACUUCUGUGAAAUAGUGGAGGAGGAGAGGGCAUUUCUGUAUUUCAGGACUUUCAUUGGGGUUUCAGAAUGGGUUUAUAUGAUUUCCUUUAUUAUUAUUUUUUGGUAGUUCUAUUUAUUCUAUCAGUCUUUUUAACAAAUGUUUAUUGCUGCACCCCCCCCUCCCCCAGUGUAUCAUUGUUUUACUGCCCUUGUAGCACUGGAGUUUAGUUGGAAAAAUAAAACAUUUACUUCUA